AUGUGUGACAACCCUUACACCAACAACUGCACAUACUUUCUUACAGGGUUGGAUGCCUAUAACACGCCUACAUGGAUUUUUGUCAACCGCAGCCUGGCACUGGGGAAGAUUCGUUGCUUUGGCUUCGACAUGGACUACACUCUGGCUGCCUACAAGUCCCCAGCUUAUGAGGUCCUGACCUUCGAGCUGCUGCUGGAGCACCUGGUAUGCAUCGGGUACCCGCAUGAGAUCCUGCGCUAUACCUAUGACCCCACCUUCCCCACCAGGGGGCUGGUGUUCGAUGAGCUCUAUGGGAACCUACUGAAGGCGGAUGCCCACGGGAAAGGGCUGCUGGGUGCCCAUGGCUUCACCUUCCUCUUGGAGGCAGAGAUCUGGAGCUUCUACCCCAGCAAGUUCAUUCAGAGGGACGACCUGCAGCGCUUCUACAUACUCAACACACUCUUCAACCUGCCUGAAAGCUACCUCUAUGCCUGCCUGGUGGACUUCUUCUCCGGCUGCUCCUGUUACACUAAUUGUGACACUGGCUAUCAGCAUGGGAACCUCUUCAUGUCCUUCCGAAGCCUCUUCUAGGAUGUGACUGAUGAUGCCAUGAAUAAUGUCCACCAGUCAGGCUGUCUCAAGGAGAAGACCCUGGAGGACUUGGAGAAAUAUGUGGAGAAGGAUCCACGCCUCCCCAUCCUGCUGGGGAAGAUGAAGGAGGUUGGGAAAGUGUUUCUGGCCAACAACAGCAGCUACAACUACACCAAUGCCAUCAUGACCUACCUGUUCAGCAUCAGUGAGGCCUUUCCUCUGAACCCAUCCAGCACUCAGGGACCUGCCCUCGCACCCGUGCACACACCCAGCCCGGCACCCCCACUGGAUGCCCGAACAGUGCACAUGGAUGGGAGCAGUUGUGAGCUGCAAGUCAUCAACUUCACCAAGAGAGAGAUCCAGUUGCCACAUGAGUCAGUUGUGGAGCAAGAACAGGCCAAUCUGGACCCUGCCUCCUGCCUCCUCUCCUGCAGCCAGAAGCCCAGCAGAGAGAUGGACACACUCCUGUCAGUAACAGACGCUUGCUGGGGAAGCCUGUGGUUUGAUCCCUGUACAUCCUCAUCCCAUCAGGAUCCAGCUGAGGGCAUUUUGACACAUUAUCUACCCCUGGUUGGGAGUCACUGUGUGAGCUUGGGAAGAAAAUAUCCAUAGUCACUUUCUGUGUUUCUUAUAAGGAUGAGGGCAAAGAGAGAAACGAGGACCAGGAAAGUUACAUCGAGGCUGACGGAGUCCCGGACAUGGGCUGGCAUCACGGGUCAUCUUCUACUUGAGAUAUUUUUCAGAUGACAGAAGUAUGGAAGAAGGAAAAAGCAACUCUACUGAAAUCUCCUAGAUGUAGCAGAUUCGGACCCUGCAAACACUUCUUUUAGGGAGGAGGCAGUAUUGCUCUUAACCUAGAAGGCAUCCCCAAUGGUCUUUGAGAUGUUUGGAAACGUGUGCACAAGUGAAAUUAUUUUACCUACUUCUCUUGAAUGCAUGAUGUCUCAUAUCCAAUUUUAUUUCUAAACAUUUCUUUUAAAAAAUAGUUAUU